AUGUCCAACGAAAACGACUACUACUCGGACGACCUCGAAGGCGAAGAAGGGUUCCUCACAGAUAUCAGUGACGACAGCUUUGGGGAGGAUCACGAUGGGCAAGGUCAAGACUACGAUGAAGCUAAUCAGCCUGACAAGGAAGAGAUUCGCGAUGCGGCCAGGGAUCUUUGCAUGCAGAUCGGUCAGUAUGACUACGGAGAGGAUGCCGACAAUCACAACACCGACGAGGUCUACACUCGCUGGCAGCGUGGUCCACGAGCAUUGGGUGCUCUGCGAUCGCUUCGAAAGCUGUGGAAGCUGGAUGAUGAAGAUCCAACAAGGAAGGUGGCACGCGCCUUCGCCGACAACCAAGUGCUAGAAAACUUCAUCGUCCCCGCGUUGCUAGAAAGCGCUGGGCAGGGCAAAGAGGGAGAUGCUAUUGCUUUAGCAUGUACAGAUCUGCUGACAGCCAUGACAUGGCCCUUCGACGGCGUCGCCGAAGUGCGAGAACAAGAAAAGCAAGGCUUUGGCUCGGAUGAGCUUCAUGAGAUCACCAAACUCGACAAGCACCUGAUCGACUACAAGUCCGUCAUUCUGCGAAGCCAAUCCCUCGACAAGGAACAUGAUGUUCUUGGCGUUGUCAUGCGCUAUCUUCUGUUGCCAAACCUCGCCACAAAGCAACACCAGCGAUCGAGUCUUGUCACCGGUAUUAUCGGCAUGUGCCUCCACUUCUUCCGCAAUCUACUUGCUGUCCGAGACCCAGUCACUACCAGUCUAGCGAGCGUGGCUCAACUUUCCAACGCCAACCUGCAAAGCAAGCUCGUUCAGGCCAUGCAAAAGCAUCACAUCCUCGACACACUUCUCAUGCUUGCCAGCAGCGCCGAAACACCCAGCUUCAACCCCUGGAACGCCGUCGCAUCCGAAUGCAUCUUCCACAUCUUCGUCGGCACCAAGGUCAAGGAGAUCGCUGAGGCUGCAUCCUUCGACAGGCCCUCUCCAAGCUCAGAAGUUUCCACCAGCAUUGGGACCUCAGCGGCUGCCACAAGCAGAACGACCAUCAGCACCUUGCCUUCGAGCUCUGCCCUUGCAGAGAGCCUGGCAACAGAAGCGAAGAUGAAGCGAGCAUCCAUCACAGGCAAGAUGCCAACUCGUCACUCCCGCUUCGGAACCACGAUCAACUUUGUCGGACCCGAUGGCGAGCGCCGAGUCGCACGCAACCAGGCGGCCCUGGUCAAGUCGGUCGCACAACUUGCCGACGAAGCCAUGCACAAGGGAAAGCGACGAGCUCAACGCCGAAAGGAUGCCCAGGAGAGAGGUGCACCCAAGCUCAAGUCUGACUGGACGGCAGAUGCGGCUCUAAUCCUGCAAGAGUGGGCAGAUACCUUUGUUCAGUCUGGCUUCGAGCCCUUAGCCAAGUCGGUUCUAAAGGACAUCCGCUCCGAACGUGACAAGCUCGGCGAUCUGGACGUGGCGCGAGUCCGCAUCAUGCAGCUGGGUGCCUUCUUCCUGGAGUUCUUUCUGUUGCGUCGGGCUGCUGCGGCCACUCAACGAAAGACAACAAGCAAAGCAACAACCGUAGCAGACCCGAUCGCAACCCAAAAUACAAUAGAUCUCGAUCAGCAGCAGCUACAACAAACGGAGGAUCAGCAGAUCGAGCAGCAAAUCACCGAAUCCGAGGUCGGGUCAGUAGAGCAAUGGCCCUUUGAGCUCGUCAGCCAGUGGCUCGAGCCGUGGGCAUUCCGUAUGGUGCUCGUUAGAACGAUUCAGGCUCAAGAGUCAAAAGCAUGGCUCGAGUUUGUUGCCUCUGUCCAGCUCUGGGUUGUUCUGCUACGACUUGUGGACGAGCUAGCAAGCAGCAAGAAGGAAUCCGAGAGGGACGUCGCUGAAGGUCUGCAAGCCGAGUUCUACUACAUGAGUGAGACACUCGAUGCCUGUCACGCCAUCGUCCGAUCCUACACCAGCCAGAGCUUCGCCUUCCUCGACACCAUCAUCACUUUUGCCUACGUCAUGCCCAAGAUGUUGGAACGCUACGCAUCCAUCAAAGACCACAUGUACGUUCAAGCCAAGAAGCAUGUCCGUCGCUCCCGACAAGACGGCGAUCUUGACGCCAACGAAGACGAAGCAACACAGGUCAAGGAGCAACUGAAAGAGACACGAUUGGAACGCGAGUUCCGCUUUGCCGACUUCCAGCGCAAGCUCGCCACCAAGCAGCUGACCAAGGCUUGCAUCGACUACCUAGCUCGCUGGCAAGACUUUACCGACAUGGAGGACCAACUCAACAAGCUCGUGAACGUGAUGCAUCGAAUCGCUAUCAAAGCCAACGACUACCGACAGUUCUUCCUCGGCGGCCAUCGUGCAGCUUUGCGCAAAGUGCUCAGUGGAGAUGCUAUCCGGAUCCUCGAAGCCCGUGCCCCGAACACGGCGCCAAACCUCAAGAAGCUUAUGGACUACAUCUUACGCAAGUUCAGCAAGCUUUCGCCUGAAGAGCAAUCGAUCUACGACACCGGUAAGAGGCCGCCUCGCCUGCCGAAGCCACCUAAGGUGCCGUCCGAGAUCGCUGUGCGUCCGGGCAUGUCGUCUGAGGAGGAGAUUGGAGUCGCAGUGGGCCUUUUGCUGAAGAAGGAAAAGAUGCAGGCUGUGCUUUGGGUCAAGUCUGCCUUGGAGAUGGCGAGCGUGAUGCGCACAGAGCUGAUUUUGCGACACGAGGAGGAAGAAGCUCAACGGUUGUCGGAGUCUUCCAACGACAUCUUGGGUGGAGAUGGAGAGGAUGGUGGAGCUUUGCUGGGAGAGCUUGAGAAGCGGAAUGAGUCGCCUGUGGAACGCUUCCAGCCAUACGAGCUUGCUUAUCGCGGCAAUGACGAGCUUCGCACCGAUGCAUCGUUGCUACCUGAGCUCAAGCUGCUGUGCCGACUGGUGGGUUUGGAAGCCAACGAUGCCGAACUUGUGAACUGGAGAUGGACUGUACCCAAAGAGAUCCUUCCAAACCACCUUGACCAGAAGAUCGAGACAAUCGAGCGCUUCAUUCGCGAGCCGCUGGAUACAAAUGGUCGAGAGCUCCAGGCACUUUUGAUGCGAGUGCGUAAACCGCGAGUUGGCGCCGGAGGAGAGGCAGAGGAGAUCGAUCCAGCAGAUCUUCCAGACGGCUGGAAUGGAGGCCAGAGCGGCUCGGACGAAGAUGGCGACUACUUUGAUCGCCUUCGUGCCAACCGCAGCUUGGUGGAAGGCGAAGACGCCGCGGCAGAUGGAGGCUUGCUUCGCAGCAGUGGAGGCAAGAAACGAUCCAAGCCAACAUCGAAGAAGGGCGGAUCACGAAAGCAGAAGCGGAGGACCCAGCAAGACUUUAUUACAGACAGUGAUGACGAGUUCGCCUUUGCUAUAGGCGAUCUUGAGAACGAAGCUGCCGCCACACAACAGAGAUCUCAAGGGGGUGACUCCAGUGAUGAGAACGCCGAAGAUGACAUGGACGAGGACACGCCAGCCACAAGCUCCUUGGCCGACAACGAGGAGGCAGACGAUGACAAACUCAACGCGCUCGAAGCAUUGCGCGCCGCCAAGCAGCGCAAAGCGACAAAGACCAAGCCCACAAAAGCCGUCAUGCCGUUGCAAGACGCUAGUGAUCGCGGGAAUCGCCGAGUCGACACGAAGCGUCUCUUCCUUGCCGACAGCGACGAAGACGAGGACGACAUUCUGGUGUUGCCAUCACAGGAGCUUGCCGACAUCUCGAACGCGUCUGCCAAGCUUGGUGCCGACAUCAACAGCACGGGUCCUCUCAAGAAGCCCAGAUUGGCGAUUCUGGAUGAUGAGAAUGAAGACGACGAGUGA